AUGCCGUCCUUGACGCGUGGCCAGCGUCGUUUGCUGCAGUACGCAACGCAUGACGGUGAAGCGGCGGGCUUGAAGCGAAGACGCACGGAAGAUGUGGCACCUGUUUUGCGGCAACGCAAACAAAAAUGGAGUCUUAAUUUGAACACAGCCACGGCGUCAACAGAGGCACCACCGGAUGACGUUCUACUCAACAUUGAGGUGGUUGAAUUUCUGCGGGAGUACUGCCCGAAGGCCCCCCGCAAGCUACGCCAGAAACAACUUCGUGUCAUUCACGACCUCAGCGGCGCAAGUUGUCCUAACGGCGAAGCAGAGGAACAUGAGACGUUUACCAUAAAACGUAUUGAGCUGAAGGGGGAUGUCGGUGUCUUCGCUGUGGUGGCGCUCGCGGCGUUGCAAAGGCGCGCGCUGUGGAGUGGAGCCACCUUACAUGCUGCUUCUCUGCUUGUUCUCGUAGAAACAGAUGCGGAUGCGGAUGCGUUGGCGGCACACAUGAAGAAGACGUAUAAAAUCACCCACGUGUUGGUGUUGGAUGGCUCCCGUUUUCCGACUUUUCCGCUUCUUGAAAAGGAGUACAAGACGGUAGGGAAGACGCUGGCGGAACGCACGGCGGUGGUGAUUGCGUCUUUGCAGGCUUUUACCACGGUGGAUGCGCGGAGUGCGAUUUGGAAGUUUGUUGGCGCCUACGUCAUUUGGCUGAAGUCAUCUUCCAAAGUGCCUACGUCACUGAAGGGGAUGUCGAACGACGCAAGAAAGGAGCUCUACGAGAAAGUGUGCCGACAGCGGUGGGGCUGCCUGGGCCAUGUCUCCCUGGCGGCCGUUAUUGCCCCAUCACGCGACUCUCUUAUUGCUCCUCUGGCAGACGCCUUAACCACCUCCGUGCCCACCGAAGAUGGAGCAGCGAAGCAUAGUACUACAGUCAGUGACGAUGUAGACACGGACGUGAGAAAUAAUAAUACCGGCAGUAACACGAAGAAGGCGUCUGAGGAGAAGGGCAGUAACUCCAUUGCUGCUAUGCGACACCCUGUCACGGCACAUUACGCCGUGGUGGAAGGCGCCCAUCGUUUUCAGACACUCUACACUCUUUUGAUGAACCUUCGCGAGGGGCAAGGCCUUGUUGUGCACUUUGCCACGAAGGAGGCCUGCCAAUUUAUGCAUGACAUACUGUAUGCAUUAGGAGAACUACCCUCCUCAGUGCUGCUGCUUACGGACUGUGAGGGUCCCAGCACGUAUGCCUCUGUGCAAGACAAGGAUGAGGAUCGAGGGCGUCUUUGCGCCCAAUUUGACAGGAUCCUCUCGGAGGUCACUCACGAGGGUUCUUCUGCUAAGCACGAGAAGAAUCGUGUGGUGCUUCUUUCAGCUUUUGGGCUUGUUCCGCAGCGGGGCACCAUUUUUGUUCAAUACGAUCUCAUGGUGGACCUCGUGAACUUUGCCCAGUUUGUGAGUGAUGUGUUGACGCCAGCCGCCUACAUUGUUGCGGCCGUGGAAACGAUGAAGCGACGUCGCUCACGCACGCCACCGCCAAGCAUGGAUCGGAAAGCGUCUAAAGGAGGAGAUGCCACGACUGCUUCACAGGCACUCCAUCCCACCAAGGCGAGGUAUGACAGCGUUUUGGUGUUUCUGCGCCGAAAUGAACUGUCGUCCGCCCUGAAUUACCUAAAACGCCCUGCAAAGCGACUAAAUAUUGUCUUUGAGCAAGUCUCCAAGCUUCCGUCGACCACAUGCUUUUUAUUGGCGCUGCAGAAGAUGCGUUCAUUGCAUAAGAAGCAGUUUUCCGUGCAAAACGCUGCAUACGCCGCAUACCGUGCGACCAUGCUACUUUAUUCCCUCAUAGGUCCCUCUGAUGUCUACAAUGAGGAGCGUGUGGACCUGGCAAAGGUGGCCGAAGAAUUUGGCUACACGGAAGUGCCUGUUGUUGACCUCCGCACCCGUGACACGGCGUUUCGUCCGAAGGAAGACAUCUUCCGUGCGGCGGCGGAGCGGGCGGUGGUGGAGCGUCGCAGAAUGCGGGCAUACGUGAAGGAGCACAUCGUCGGUGAGGCCCCCGAGGAGCAUAUCGCCGACGAUGUGAUGGAGGGGGAGUAG